GGCAAUUUUCCCAAUUGCCAAUUUCAAAUCAUUUCCAUUUUGGCGGCUACCAGUUUCGGGUUAUUUCUACUCCUAAAAGUCUACACUUGAGUGUUUGGAUAAAGAAGAUAUCCACAGCCAGCAACAUGUCCUCACCCGUCGGCCCGGAGCCCAGCAGCCUGAUCUGCCCCAGCUGCCAGCAGAACGUGACCACACGCACCGAGCCAAAGGCCUCGACCAAGACGCAUCUGAUAGCGCUGAUCAUGUGUCUGACCUGUCUCUUUCCCUGCGCCUGCUGCCUGUACUGCACUGAGUGUGCUCGCAACACGGCACACUACUGCCCCUCCUGCAACGCCUACAUUGGAUCCUACGAACGUUGAGCACUCCGCCGCUCCUCUUGCUACAGCUUUAAAGUAUGUUUCCGCAACAUUUGUUGCGUGAUGUCUAUCUAAAUAUUUCAGUGCAAGUUUGAGCAUAUUUUUGGCACACAGCACUGCAAUCACCA